AUGCUGACUUUACGCAAGCAAACACUGCCUGUUGCAACAGCAACACUUCUCUUGCAGCGUCGGGGCGUGGAGUACUGGGGUUCCUCUGUAACGGGACGAACACAACCUUAUGCACAGGGUGACUUGAUCCCUCGUGUAGACAACAUGCGUCAUGUUGUAAGCAAAUCAUCCAGCGCUGCGGCAAAUCUUACGGGCAGCAAUUUGGGUGUUGCGUACGACAGUGACACUAUCUUUUCUGUUGCCGGUUACAGUCGGGCGGAGAAGGAGCACUAUCGGCCGCUUCGUGGAAUCGCGCGGUAUAAAAUAGAACCCAUGGCAGAGAGCGACACAGUGGCGGCCCAGGGUUUGUUAGAGCAGGCAGAAAUGAGCAAAAGUAUAAGCUUUGUUGUGUCAUGGUGGGGCGGUGUGCUAAAGGAUUUUCCUUCUUUGAAGAAAGUAUGUGAUGAUACGUUCAAGGAAGAGUUCACCAGCUUCUAUAAGAGCGCCCUGUCGGUGGCGCACGAUGAUGCCGCCGUGAAGGCUCUGGCGGUGCCGUUUGUGCGGCGCCAGAUGCAGGAGCACUACAUUAGCUUUCCUAUGUUUUGGCGUAUAGCAGAGAAGUUAGCGGAUGCCAUUGAAAAGGUUCCCCAAAUGCAGAAACCCGCAAGGAGUGUCUCCCGCAUAGCGGUGGAGCGCGUAACGAAAAUUGCGCUAAACACAAUUGCAGAUGAGCCGUGGGCUCUUGAUGAGAUGACAAGUCCACUGCUUUUUGAUGUGUCAAACUUCCGCGCCUGGCAUGAGGCGGGAAACUGGUAG